UCAUGCCGUCGCCUCCAAAGAUGUCAAGAAGGAUCCCUCUCGCUUGUGUUCGAUGGUGUGGGACCUCCUAAACGGGGAGCAUGCAGGCUGUAACUCUUCACGGAGGGGAAACUAAAUUCACGAGCAAAGCGUUGGACGCGAGUGCGGAUUUGUUGCAAGUUUUCCUCGCUGCCCGACAGAGCUCAUGAACGCCUCUUCAGAGCUACGGGUUUAUGGACUCGCGUAUAUUAGCUAAUGAUGUCUAUGGGGUUCAUGCCUGGCAGUCUGAACGCCUCAGAUCCCUCCAAAUCGGCCUUUCUAGAAUUUGCCCACGGACAUCCGGCGCACCAGCAGCUCUCCCCCGGACUCUCUCACAUUUACCCGGUUCAUGGCGCACAUGCGGCUGGGCAUUCCCAGCACGAAAGUCCUUUUCCUGGCAGCGCGUCCUAUGGCCGCUCUCUGGGCUACGCCUACCCCACCGCGGCGAACAGUCAUCCCCAGUCCGCGUACAUGUCCUACCAGCACAGCAAUCACAGCAACAGCAGCAGUCUGGCCCACAGCAGAUUAGAGCACACAGAUCGCGAGAAGUCCACGGCCAUUGAGAGCCGGGACAUUCGUCUAAAUGGCAAGGGGAAAAAAAUCCGAAAGCCUCGGACCAUCUACUCCAGUCUGCAGCUGCAGGCUCUGCACCAGCGCUUCCAGCAGACCCAGUACCUGGCCCUCCCGGAGCGCGCCGACCUGGCGGCCAAACUGGGACUCACCCAGACUCAGGUGAAAAUAUGGUUUCAGAAUAAGCGAUCCAAGUAUAAAAAGAUCAUAAAGCGAGGCAGCGGAUCCGAGGGCGAACAUCUCCACAGCACGAGCUCCAUCUCGCCCUGCUCACCCGGGAUGCCCCAGCGUUGGGAGGUCUCCAUGGCGAACAAAGGAGCCCAAAUGCACCCAAACAAUUACAUGAACAGUUUUGGCCACUGGUAUCCAAACCACCACCACCACCCCCACCAGGACGCUAUGCCCAGGCCUCAGAUGAUGUGAGAGGAUUGUUAUGGGGUCGCGGGGGCCAUCGGGCUCGGCUCCAAUGAACUUGCUGCAUCUCGAGGCCUCCUCUCAGUACUGAAUUGUGUUUAAAUGUGUGUUUUAAGAGAUCGUAUGUUCAUAUUCUUUGUAUUAUGUGUGCGUGUUGAAUUCAAUUUUCACAGCAGAAUUCGACAAUGCGUCAAAAUAUUUGUUUUCAUGUCACUGCAGCUUCUGGUGCACGGCCUCGCCUCUUGGCAAUGUGUGUGCAGAUUACCGAGAGACUCUGGAUUUAAAAAAAGCAUGUUUUUAGGAAAUGAGUUUCAGCUGCAUGAUCCUACAAAUGCUGUGAGCAUUAUGCUAA